AAUAAAAAUCAGCACACCAUUCGAUAUAUUCUACUGGCAGCGCAACAGACUUUGAAAUUUGAAAAACAAUUUUAAUUUUUCAUUCUUAAAACUAAAUAAAAUCUUCAAAAAUGAAUCCCACAAAGGAGACAGUCAAGAAAAGUGCAUCGCAUGAUUCAUUUUUGACCGCCAUCCACAAGACGGAGCAGCUGGAGGAGGUGCUGGGCGAGGUGCUCAAGGAGCCAGAAGGAGCACCCGCUGAAGCUGUCACCCCAAAGGAGGAGGAGGCGCAAGACCCCUACCAGAAGGUGGACCCCGAGCAGCAGCUAAACAAAUUCUGGAUUGCCAUCAGCGGUUACCAAUUGGAUCGUGCCUUUUUGGUGUAUCGCUUCUUCAAUGACAUCGGCAAGAUCCAGUCCAAGGGCUUCACCCAAACGAAUGUCAUGUAUCUGAAGUAUCUCAGCACUGUGGACUGUCAGAUUGCCUUGAGCUACGAUGGCCAGAAAAUUGGCUAUGGCGGGGACAUACGCGUCAGUGUUAAGCCUGAGAAUCCCAUGGCCUUGCAGGCCUUUCUGGGUGCCAUAGAAGAGAUGGACGAUGCGGAUGUUGUUGACAGUGGACCACUUAUGAUGUCUGAUGCUGUGACUCCAACGGACUUGAAGGCUUCGUGUGUUAUAGAAAUGGAGGCACCCAAACAGCAGCAGCAGGAGCCGAAGCAGGGCCUCAAGCAAAAGGAAGAGCAGCAGCAAGCUACCGAGCAGCUGGAGCAGCAACAGCUGGAGCAGCCGUCGGAGCCAGAGGAGGUCAAGGUUGAGCCACCAGUGAAUGUGGAUGUGGGGGAUGUGGCUUCUCCGAAGAAGAGCGGCUUCAUACAGUGGCUAAAAGAAAAGAUAUCCGCAAUAUUUUUCUUCUAUUAAAUUUGAAUAAUUUGUUGUUGCUUGAUUUCUGAUGUUAAAAAAUGUUUCUGUGUUAUUUCGUUGAUUCGUGUAAUGAAUAAAUUGGAUAAAUAUC